AUGCCUCCAGCCAAGGUCUCCCGGGUGGCUAAGAGUUCCCGUGUGGUCAAGAAACCGGCCACUCCAAGCGCACCUCGAAGCAAGACAGCCGAGACAGCGUCUUCGAAGAAGAAACAGAAGUUACGCGCCUCAGCCAAAAAGGCAAAGACUCCCAAGCCAGCUGAGACUACAAUCGUCAUCGCAGGCCACAAGCGGUCCAUUGUCGUUGUCGAAGAAGAUAGCAAUGACGAUGGCACGAUCCAACCCAGCAAACGCCGCAGAACGGGCGGCAACACUAACCCUCACGAUUACCACACUGCGAGACCCAAAUCAGGCCGCUACAGCGGCAUCUUAUCAAGAACAGCCACCCCGGAGUCGGAGACUGAGCCGCAGCCCAAGAGCCGCACUUGCCCCUUUCUUCGAAUCCCCCUCGAGAUCAGGGAGGAUAUCUACAAGUACAUCUUGGUCGCCGACGAGCCCAUCCGAGUCCACCAGGGUUGGUCCGCAGUCUACCCCCGGAACAGAGUAGGCAUCCGCACCGACCUCAUCCGAACGUGCCGCCAAGUCAGAAAGGAGGCGCUCAACACCCUCUACGGCGAAAACACAUUCCUCUACCUCCUCCGCGACGCCGCAGAACUCCCCGCGCUCAACGCGCAGGGGGAGAACGAGAUCGUGGUCCAGCACCCGCUCGCUACCGACAACGACGCCCUCUCCGACUACGAGGCAGACAGCGCGGACGAGUACUCUGACGGAGAAGACGAAGUCACCAACGGACCCUCGUCAUCCCUGGCUGAUGGUCAUACGGCGGCCGACAUUGACAUCCGCCGCUUCGGCCACAAGUUCCGCAAGCUCAUGAUCGUCGCCGAGGCCAACCGCGCCAACGCGCCCUACCGCCUCAGCAUGGCCAACGCCAUCGACGUCUUCCGCGGCCUGCGGCCCAUCCGCCCGCGCAUCCACACCCUCACCAUCGACAUCACGCCCCAGCGCGACCCGCGCACGGGUGACGUCUCGUUUCUCGACUUUUUCGAGCGGUCCUCCGAGGUCGUACGCACGCUCCGCGGCUUGCCGUGCCAGUUUAUCGAGAUUCUCGUCAACACGGGCGUCAGCGUCGGUGGCGGCGGCCAAGAGAAAAUCGUCCUCAACAUGAAGUACGCAGCCAACAUCCGGCGCGCCAAGCGCGGCGAGAAUGACCUGUGGCGCGACGACCGGGUCAUGCAGUCGUACCGCAGCGCCAAGGCGGGCGAGGCGCAGAAGAAGCUCGACUCGUUGCCGGCUGCGAUUCGCAAGAUUUGGGAGGCCUCGAAUGGGCAGUUCAAGCGCCGCCGUCGGGACGAGGAGUUUGGUGAUGAUGAUGAAGAUGAUGAUUAUUGCUAUGAGGAUUGGGAGGAUUCUCUUCUCUUUCAGGAUGGUGCUUUUUGA